GAUACAUUUACUACUACCUUAGUCAUCCGAUACUUUUACAUACAACAUGCACUCUACCCGCUCAAACUUUGCGACCGUCGCCGCCAACAACGACUGCUCUGUCGCGUCUACGACUUCUGCUUUCAAUGUCGCUCCGCCUGCCCAUGACACUAUUGUCGUGAACGGCAAUGCUGCUGCCAAUGUCGCAACCUCUCCUUCUCCCGUCGGCGUCGCUCCGCCUGCCUAUGGCACCGUCGUCGCGACCCCCAUGACGCGUGAAGAGUUCAUGAAGACAUUUGUCUCCUCUAUCGAUUCUGAGAUUGGAGGCAUGGACAAAGAUGCACAGAUCAAGUCGCUUAGAACCACUGUCAUCGGUGAACAUGGUCGUAUCUUCGACCUGGUCAAGAAGGCCAACCAUCUUCUUGGAGCCCGAAUCCAGGACAUCCGUCGCAGAGACAUGAAUAUCCGAGCCCUGCAACAGCAAAAUCACAACCUCAACGCCCAGAUGAUUGCACUGAAGAGACACUACGCUAUGAACCCUCACGCCUCCAAGAUCAAUCAGUGGAUGCAAUCCGGACAGGUCGAGCGUAUUGUCCUCCGUCCUCAAGGUACCAUCAGCCGUGUGCCUGCAACCAUCACUCGCUCCAACACCCGUGUGUCCACUCGCGCUGCCAGACGUGUAGCACCCAUGGUUCAAAGACUGGGCUCGCAGACCGUGAACGGCAGACGUGUCGCUCAGAGAGUCAACCUCGAGCAAGAGGUUGCUCAUGAGCAGGUGAACCAGGCGAGAAGAGCUGCGCAACUAUCGCAGCAACUCAGAAUUGAGACGGCGAGACGUGAGCAGCCGUUAGCGCGCCAUGAUGUGUUGGAGCGUCAAUUGGCUACUGGUCGCCGUGCUUGAGAGAACAUGUCCUCAGUCCUGCGAAUCCUGGAAGCAAAUGGGGUCGACGAUGAUGAUAAUGACGAACUUCUUUUUGUCUUUCUCGGUUAGGUAGUCACAAGUAUCCAGUCU